UGGAGAGAGUAAAAGACCAUAUGGAUGCUAAGAAAGCAAAGAUUGCUGAGAAAAACAAUCUUCGAGAGUUGAGGUUGUCAUGGGAAAGAAAUGCUUUAUCCAAGCUAAAGGAGGAAGUUGAUGAAAGGGUGUUGGAAGCACUUGAACCUCACCCCAAUCUUGAAUGUCUUUAUAUACAAGGCUUCAGAGGUAGAUAUCUUCCAUGUUGGAUUGAAAAUUCAACGCUGAGAAAAAUAGUUGAGAUUCAUAUAACUGAUUGCGAAAAUAUUAGGCAUUUUUCAAAACUGGGAGAGUUGCCCCAUCUUGAGAAUCUGUUUUUAAAGAAUGUGGGGGUGGAAUAUAUUAUUGAAGAAGAAGAAGUUGGCAGUGGUCAUCCAGUAAAGAUACUGUUCGUGGCUCUGAAAAAACUGGUUUUAAUUGAUCUCCCAAAUCUUAAGGGAUUCUCAAAGGAGCAACAGAGUAGUAAAGAAGCAUUCACAAUUCUGGAAAUCCUAAAUAUCAAGCGUUGCUCUUCAUUAGUAUUGCCAUCACUCUCGUCCCUCGGAAAGUUGAUGUGGCUAGCAUGUAGAAGCUCAGAUUUGGCUUUAUUAUCUGAGCUCGACAUUCUUAGUCAUCUGUCAAUCGAAAUUGAAGAGAACCUGACAUGUUUCCCAAUAGAAGCGCUGAAAAAGUUUAGUAAGUUGCGUUCAUUGACAAUUGAGAAUGCAAAAGAGAUCUCUUUCACAAGAGAAGGUAUGGAAGCCUUAAAAGAGCUUACAAGUUUAUGUCUACAGAGUUGUCGGACAAUGAGAUGUUUAUCAGAAGGGAUGUUGCGGCACCUUACUGCUUUGGAGGACCUCAACAUAUGGAAUUGCCCAGAAUUACCAGAGCUGCCCAAGGGUAUUAAACAUCUGCAUAAUCUUAAGAGUCUCAUGUUAUUUGCUCUACACAAGAUAACGCGCUUGCCUCAAGCCUUUCAGCGCCUCACUGAUCUAUACCUACAUGAUCUUCCUGAGCUGGAAUCACUCCCAGAUCAUCUACCAUCUCUUUAUAGACUCACUGUUAUGAACUGCCCAAAGGUUGUAUCGAUUCCUGAUAUGCCAAAUCUGAAAGAGCUAAGAGUCACCGGUUGCCCACAGCUGGAAAGGCGAUGUCAGAGAGGAACUGGAGAGGAUUGGCACAAGAUUUCCCACGUUCGCAACAUCUAUAAUUUUUCAAAGUAACUCAACUAUUUUUUGUUGAUUUUAUGUAAUAUGUGGUGACAUCAUUCUUCAAGAUUAAGAAGAUGUAACAGAAACAGCAAUGGAGAAAGAUUACAAAGAUGUGAGCACCUCACUAAUCUACACCUAGAGGAUCUUCCUGAGCUGGAAUCACUCCCAGAUCAGCUACCAUCUCUUACUGGAUUCGUUGUUGUAGACUGCCCAAAGGUUGUAUCGAUUCCAGCUGCCAAAUCUGAAACAGCUAACAGUCCGUUGUUGCCCACAACUGGAAAGGUGAUGUCAGAGAGGAAAUGGAGAGGAUUGGCCCAAGAUUGCCCACGUUCGCAGCAUCAAUAUUUCUUCAACGUAACUCGACUAAUUUUUGUUAAAACAAAUCGAGCUAGACUAUGGUUUUAAUACUCUGUUUUCAAUUGACAUCUUUCUUCAAGGUGAAGAAGAUGUACCAGAAAUAGCUUUGGAGAAAGUAUAUGAAGUUGGUGAAUAAUUCUAUUUGUAUUUGUGGGUGAACUUCUGUGUUGCUCAACUUUUUGUAUUUGUUAGCAAGAUUCUUAUUGUGUGCUUGUACUUGGAUUAUUUCAUAGUAUAUGAUAGGAAUGAUGCUGCUAUGUUUGAAUGUACAUUUCACAUAUAGAAAUAUAUAGGUGAUAUUCUCAAUAAAAAUCUUGGUUACAUAUU